UGGCAACACUACAAUCAAGCUGUCAUAGCCCAGCCUCUGUAAACGGGGAGAUGUUAUGUCAGUAGGUUUUUAUCUCUCUCUAGUUGUAUGAGAACGCGUUUUAUGUGUUCUAUGUGUAUUAUUCUUUAUGAAAGAUAACUUUACUUCCAGUUUUGUUGUUCGGUCUUUACGUUAUACACACAGCAGGGUAAGGGAUAGCUAGGAAGUUCAACUCUGCUAGUUAACCUACGUUAUCUAAGUAUGAACGAAGGAGAGGUUUUCCAUGAGAAGCAGAGACUGGAGCUGUGCGCCAUCCAUGCCCUGAACAACGUGCUGCAGGAGCGGGUGUUCACCAAGGAGACGGCAGACGACAUCUGCAAAAGGCUAGCUCCACAAUGUGUCGUGAACCCACACCGGUCAAUGUUAGGCACAGGAAACUACGAUGUCAAUGUGAUCAUGGCAGCGCUGCAGAGCAGAGAACUAGCGGCAGUAUGGUGGGACAAGCGCAGGACAGUACAGAAUCUCUGCUUGACUAAAGUCCAGGGCUUCAUAUUGAAUGUUCCUUCCCGGGUGUCGCUGGGAAUAGUGUCCCUCCCUCUCAGGCGACGCCACUGGCUAGCGGUGUGCAUGGUUAAUGGACAGUACUACAACCUGGACUCCAAGUUAAAGAAUCCCGUCUGCAUCGGAGGGGAGGCAGAACUAUGUUCGUUCCUCAGGGAGCAGCUCGCUCCAGAGGUGGCCGAGAUGCUUCUGGUCGUCCGGCAGGAGGUGGAAGAGGACGGCUCGUGGCUCAGCCCGGACAACCCCAGGACUGAUUCUCUUUGAGGGGUAUGGGGGGGGGACAGUAGUACAUCCACCCAUACCCAGCAAGGAAGAACUGUCGCUUUACAGUGACUGGGAGGGGUGGGGGGGGUAGGGACAUGCUUCAGAGAACUCUUCAUGGAGUGCACUAUGGAUAUGUUUGAAUUUCUGUGCACGUUCACAUUACACACACACACACACACACACACACACACACACACACACACACACACACACACACACACACACACACACACACACACACACACACACACACACACACACACACACACACACACACACACA